UAACCUUACAACCAUUGCUAGAAAAAUGCCUCCUGUACAAGAACAACUGUCUAUUGCUACCCUGAAUAAAUCCAAUGAAUCAAUCGAUACUUCGGUUUUGGAUGCUGAAGCAUGGUAUACCCCAGUUGCAGACAUCGCUCCUGAAGUCAAACGUAUAACCGAGGCCUUUUUUAUUAAGAGAAAGACCCAUUCGUUGCAAUUCCGGUUAAAUCAAUUACGUAAUGUGUAUUUCGGGAUUAAAGACAACAUUGAUGCUCUUUGUGAUGCCUUAUACCAGGAUUUCCACCGGUCCAAGUUUGAAACUAGAAACUUGGAAAUUCUCGGUGGUUUAGCUGAAAUUGUUCAUAUUAUGGAAAGUUUACAUACUUGGGCCAAACCCGAGAAGGUCACUGAUUUGCCAAUCAAUCUUAAAACUCAACCAGUUUACAUUGAGAGAAUCCCCUAUGGUGUUGUUUUGAUUAUUUCUCCCUUCAACUACCCUUUCUUUUUGUCGAUCUCCGCUGUGGUUGGUGCCAUUGCCGCUGGUAAUGCAGUUGUUUUGAAACAAUCGGAAAUGACUCCACGUUUCUCAAAACUCUUCAGUGAAAUCUUGACCAAAUCCCUUGAUCCAGACAUCUUCUUGGCUGUGAAUGGUGGUAUUCCUGAAACAACUGAAUUAUUGAAUCAGAAAUUUGAUAAAAUUAUGUAUACUGGUAACAACAUGGUUGGUACUAUUGUUGCUAAAAAGGCGGCUGAAACUUUAACACCUACUAUUUUGGAAUUAGGUGGUAAAUCUCCCGCUUUUGUUUUGGAUGACGUCCAAGAGAAGGAUUUGGAUACCGUUGCUAGAAGAAUCGCCUGGGGAAGAUUCACUAAUGCUGGACAAACUUGUGUUGCCGUGGACUACGUCUUGGUUCCUAAGAAACUCCAUGAUAAGUUUAUUACUUCUGUUAAGAAGGUAGUUUCUGAACAAUUAUACCCCAAGAUUAAUGCAAAUGAUGACGAAUUCACUCACAUUAUCCACGACCGUGCGUUUAAGAACUUGACUGGAUUGUUAAAAACUACCAAAGGUGAAAUCGUUGUUGGUGGAGAUUCCGAUGCUAAAUCGAGAUAUAUUGCUCCUACAGUAGUUGAUAAUGUUGACUGGGAUGAUUCCGUCAUGAAGAAUGAAAUCUUUGGCCCUAUUUUACCAAUUAUCACGUAUGAGAAAUUAUCUGAUGCUCUUAUCGAGGUUCAACGUCGUCAUGAUACUCCAUUAGCUCAAUAUAUCUUCACUAGUGGAUCUACUUCCCGCAAGUAUAAUCGUCAAGUAGAUCAAAUUCUUACUGCAAUUAGAUCAGGUGGUACCAUCAUCAACGAUGUUCUUCUUCACGUUGCCCUUUUAAAUGCCCCAUUUGGAGGUGUGGGUAAUUCCGGUAUGGGUGCAUACCAUGGUAAGUUCUCGUUCCGUCAUUUCACCCAUGAGAGAACGACAAUUGAGCUGAAAUUGUGGAAUGAAGCUAUGAUUAAAGUCAGAUACCCACCUUUUAAUGAUACUAAGAAUACUUUACUUCAAGUCACCCAGACUAGUUAUGGUGGUAAUGUUUGGUUUAAUCGUACUGGUGAUGUUCGUGUUGCUGGACCAAGUACCUUAUUUAGUGUGUGGAAUGGGUUUAUUGGUACUUUGGGAAUUCUUGGUACUUUUGUUUCCAAGGCAUCCAAGUUGUAAGCUUGUGUCUUUCUAUCCUCUCUUUAAUUUAAUGUGUAUGUAAUGUGAUUUAAUUUUACAAAACUGAGUUGUUUUUUUUAAAAAAAAAAGACAAACGUAUUAUGUAUUAUUAUGUAUUAUUAUUUUAUUACUAGUAUUAUU